GUCCGGAUGUAACGUGUAGCGUUGCACAACAGUACAGGAAGGAGGAAAGUAGCAGGGUCGACGAGAAAGAUGAUGUCCCUUGCCGCUCGUUCGGGGGCAUUUUCCCCAUACUUGCAGGCCACGAGUUUUGCUGUGGCUGGACCACUCAAAGCCCUUGUACCUGGAGUUGUUAUAAAAAGCGAUACGGUGCUGUUAGAUUUGAAAAAGUCGUUUCUCACCCGCGAGUCCUUAAAUGGCAAAAGCCCUACGACUGGGCCUGCUAUCUCAGUCAGCAUCAAUGCCCGGGCCGGAGUUCGCUUCGCUCACACAGACAUCAAGAUACCUGACUUCUCAGAUUACCGGCGUCCUGAUGUGAUGGAUCCUAACAAGUCCUCCCAGGGGAGCAGUGAAUCCCGACGAGUGUUCUCCUACAUACUCACAGGGUCCACAGCUGUGGUGGGAGUCUACGCCGCCAAAACAGUUGUCACCCAGUUUAUCACCUCCAUGAGCGCCUCAGCUGACGUCUUGGCUUUGUCAAAAAUUGAGAUCAAACUCGGCGACAUCCCCGAAGGCAAGAACAUGACCUUCAAGUGGAGAGGAAAGCCGCUCUUCGUCCGCCAUCGCACAGAGAAGGAGAUUUCUACUGAGGCUGCUGUGGAUCUCGCUGAGCUCCGAGACCCUGAGCAUGAUAAGGACCGUGUGCAAAACCCAUCCUGGGUCAUCGUCCUCGGUGUGUGCACCCAUCUCGGCUGUGUGCCUAUUGCCAACGCAGGUGACUAUGGGGGCUACUACUGUCCCUGCCAUGGUUCCCACUAUGACGCAUCAGGCCGCAUCAGAAAGGGUCCUGCACCGCUCAACCUAGAGGUUCCUUUCUACGAGUUCCCAGAUGAAAACACAGUUAUUGUCGGAUAAUAUGCUGGACUGUGUUGAUCUUGUCUGUGAGCAGUAUGUCUGAUCCGCUUUGUUAUUCUCUGUCUGUUCUGGUAACAUCUUGCACAGAUAAUUUUAGGGAAUGGGUGGCUUAUUAACUGCAAGUAAUAAAUGUACAUUUUACCCAUA